UGGAAUGGUGGGACCCAGCUACAAGCUCCUGCCGGACCAGGAGGAGACGUCUGAGGACACCGCUAGGCCACUGCAGGCGACAGCCCUCAUUGUGCUGUCCGUGGUGGGCUCUGGAGCUAACAUCCUGGUCUCCAUCGUGUUCCACCGUCGCCCUGCUCUGAGGUCGCCUUCCAACAGGUUCGUUCUCAGCCUGGUGCUGGCGAACCUCAUGACAUCCUUCAUUGUCGUUCCUAUCCUGCUGGUACAAGUGUUGCACCAUGAAGUGGCAGCACUGUCGUGGUUGCGACAGGUAAGCUCUGGCCUCACCACGCUUGCUGUUACGGCAGCCAUUUUCUCCGUGCUCGCCAUUGCUGUUGACCGCUACAACGCCGUUCUGAGUCCUCUCCAUUAUGCCAUGACAAUUACCAGAGGAAGGAGCCGGGCAAUGAUCGCCGGUGCUUGGGGAGUCGCAGGGUUGCUGGCCACCCCGCCAUUCCUGGGCGCCCUCCUUUCACCCGUCCCUGCCACAGUGGCUGUACAUUAUUCAAACUGCACAGCUGGGGAUGAAGGCGAAGUGUUCCGCCUCACGUAUGCAUUGGUGCUGGUCACCCUGGGCUUCACCUUGCCUUUGUUCGCUCUGUGCUGGAUCUACGCCCGGAUGUACAAUGCAGCUCACAGGAACAGCGAACGCACACGGCGGCACAGCAUCUCUGCGAACCCCGGCGAAGUGGUUGCCAGCAGAGGGGGUUCUCUAGACUUAUCAGUUCCUCCAGCUUCAUCAGGAACACCUGAGAAUUUUCGACGACCAUGGAAAAGCCCGCCUUUGUCUAUAGGAAUGCCAAAAAGACGGCCCUCAAAUGCCAGUUUCUCUGCACUUCUUUUCCGUGAAGAGGGCCGCGCCGUGAAAACCGCUGCCAUGGUUAUAACAUCGUACCUUUUCUGUUGGACGCCAUACUUUGUAACCCUACUAAUCGACACCUGGGGCGGGGUUGGCGCCACUGUAGACUCUUAUAAGAUAGAAGCUAACCUUGUUCCAGAGCCAUUCCGCUCUCUUGCGCUACUCACUGCCCUUUCCAGCGGAUGCGUCACGCCAUUCAUUUAUGUAUUCCGUAAUGAGGCAGCCCGCAAGGAGGCUGUUAAAGUGCUGCUUUGGUGGCGACCAAGAAGUGGCAAAUAUGGCGGCAAUGUUGCCCGAUGUAGUCGGGACUUUGAGACCUACAGCAGCAACGGGAAGGCCGUAGCAGCUGGAAAUAGUUUUGGCCCUCCGCCUGUUCACCACGACAAUUUCUCUCUUCGUCGUCAGUCUCUCUCUUAUUGUGACAGUGUUUCUGUUCAGAGUUUCCACAUCCCAACUGCAGCAUUGACGUCUUCCUCUGACUGUCAUCAUUGUAUGAAUGCAAAUGUGGCUGCAAAUGGACCAGGUACAGCGGAUUUUGUAGCCACGUAUGAAGUGAUUGAGAGUCCUAACGGGGAUGAAACACAGCAAAAUGUUGGAGAAAAUCCGUCUGCAGGAAAACCGGUGGCGAAGACAAGACGCGAGAGUGUGACGUUUCGACUUGCAUUCCUUCCUCAGCGACGCUGUCAGACUUGCAUUCGCCAGAGCUCAGACUCCUCUUCCGGAAGUGGGCAUCCACUGGUCCGACACUCCGACGGCACAGACGGUAGGGGAACUCCUCCAGUCACCAGCAAUCCGAUGUCAUCUCUGGUGAAGAUGACAGUGUCUCAACGGAGACAACAGUUCUUAAUAGGGCGACAGGGCAGUUCGGGGGAGGAAUUGACUCCAGGGAGUGAUCCGGAGACACCUCAUCACAUGAUUUCGGUGGAUCGACGGCUAGUAGACUAUGGAGAGGAAGCGACAUCACUUGAUAUCCCUCAACAGGUCUUUCCACAAAACAACAAUAACAAUGACCCAGCGACUAGCAAGAAUGACGGCGUCAUGCUUGAGUUGGAGGAGCAGACGAAUGACGGCGUGCGAACAGGACCCAGAUCAGCUGCGAUGUUCCAGUUUCAGGAGACAUCGCUGGAACGAUUUUCUGCUUUAUCAGCGUCCCUGGAGAACUGUAUGCCGGUUGACCCGGAAGUGAUGGUGACACGUCAGGAUUCUGGACACAGCGACACCACGGUGCGGCAAGAUUCUAACUUCAGUGACGUAACUGUAGACAGUGGCGUGGUACCAGACUUGGUGCCCUUCAACCACAGUCAGUCCAGUAGCAGCAGCAUCAGUACUGCAAGUUUCAGCGCCCCACCCAGACCGAAGCGACACAGACAUAAAUUGCAGAGGCUGGCGGCGGUGGAGGAUGAGGACAUGGCGCCUCCCCUAGAGGAGCCCAUUCCGGCGCCUUCUCUUAGAACGGUUAAAAGUAGACUGAAAUCUAGUUUCAAAUCAAGAUUUUACAGACCAGCAUUUCGGAUACCAAAAUGCGAUUUUUAGUACUCGAGACACGCGUCAAAUUGUGCAGGUGUAGUGGUGAAAAUUAAUUCAACAAACAAACGAAAUCAGUAUUGCAAAUAAAGAUCGAGAUUGUUUGCGUUUAUCGGACGUCACAGCCAUAUACUAUAUAUACCAUGACUUUUGAUUGUUAGUUUCUGUGUUCAGCUGAUAUUUUUAACUCGCGUAUUGCUGUUCACAUUCAUCACAAUUCUGUGGUGGCAUGGAAACAAAUAUAUGGUACCUAAAUGUCACUUUAUGGAGUAUGAAUAAUGGUUCGGCUUCAGAAUAUCAUGACAGAUACAGUUACAUGUUUCUUUCUCUGAUAUGCAAGAAUCACAGUAAACGGUUAAAAUUUUUCCUGUGCUUAAUUAAGCACCACGCCACGAGGCUGUAUGGGCGAUCGGAUGUGAAACUUUACCUCAGCGCUUCCCGGAUGUUGUUAUUUUUACGUUCCUGCCGCUUUGUCUCCAAUGAAGGAACUCUCAGUAAUCACUGGAAAGGAAGGUGAAUGGGGCCCAGAGCUAGUCUGGAAAAAAUCUCAUGUUCCUGUCAGGAAUCGAACCUCAAUAUUUUGGUCGCCCAGUCCAUAGUCUAGUUGUUGUAUCGACUGAGAUGUCCCGGCCACCGCAACAGUUCACACUUUAUAGUUAGGUGUGUCGGGGUGCAUGUCCGAGGAAUCGGGGUUCGAUCCCUGGAACGGACAGGAUAUUUGUCUCUUCACAGUGACCAAUCUGGCUCUUCGGCCAACCCAGGCUUCAGUCCGGUGGGUACCGUGGAAGGGGGCAUACAUCUGUCCACUUACUACCAUCUAGCGCCGAAGCAAAUAUACGUGGAGCUAUACCUCCACUCCCGCCAUCUGAUUUCAUGGUAUGGUGCUUAAUUAUAUAGAGGGACAACAUGACUUGCUUUAUUUCAGAACAACAAGGAGACAAGUGAACUCAUCAAAUUCGGAAGGUCUUCUGAUUUACACAUCUGUGUAAUGGUGUGUUCCAUUUUGUUACUGAAUACAAAUAUCGUGUUCUUGUGACAUCUUCAGUUUGUCUGAUAGUUUUAAUGAGGGAAAUUCAUAUUAUAAUAUUAUAAUUCAUGUACCUCAUUUUGACUUACACUUACGUUAUCCUCCUUUCCAUAACAUUACAGAAUUGUAGGUCUGUUUUGCUGUAUUCUUAUGUGACCAUUACGAAGUCUAGCAGAGACCGCUGUAACAUAUUAAAUUACAAUGAAAACCCCUGUAUGUGCUUACAUACUUAAAUAACAUUUAAAUACUUCUGUAUUUCAGCAUCCCGUUGUAAUUG